AUGGAUGACUAUUCUUGUCUAUCAUCGCUUCAAGCCGGUCAGCCCGAGUUCGCCAUCUUUCGGCGUUUCAUGCCUCUGCAGGCCCUGCAGCUUAACCUUUUGCAGGCCGAAAUAGCGCACCUCAGGCAGGGAUUGGGGUUGCAAUUGGAGGUGGAGAGAAACCCUGGAAGUGCAGAGAGAGGCAUCCCAAAUGCUUCUCUUGACCCGGCCCAGAUUUCUGGAUGCGCCACUCCGAACUCAAUGCGGGAGGCUCUUUGGGAUCGACUAGAUGCCAAACUGGAGAGAUAUAGCAACGCACUCCUUCGCUACCGGGCUUUCUCCCAAUUGCCCUCCGUUAAUCCUUUGCAUCACAAGCACCUCCGCUUCUGGAACUUAGACCUUGAAGGCGGCCGCAGCGGUCUCCAUGGGGUCCAGGCUACUGUCUGGGAUGCAGAGAAUGCAGAGGAUCUCACCUCGAUAACUCUGCCGGCCGAGAACAGAGAUCCUCUCACGUCCUUCCUCCACGCUCGAUUCCUCCCUUGGUACCAUUCCUUGCUUGGGCACAAAUACAAGCGGCGCAUCUACAUCGCUGAUGCAUACACGGGUGUAAGACAGCAGAUCCCAUUCUACUCCUACUCGGACAAGCUAGUGCUCUUCACCGUGACCAUCUGCAGCACGGUCUUAUCAUCGAUGAUCCCUGCGCUCUGCUCGCUUGCAUUAUACUUCAUUCGGCGUGAAGGCGCCAGAAUGGGUGCGAUCGUGGGCUUUACCUUCCUAUUCAGCAUGGUUAUCGUGUUGGUCACACCGGCGAAGAGGAUAGAGACCUUCGUGGCCACUGCAGCCUUCGCUGCCGUCCUCAUUGUCUUCGUCGGGAAUGGGACUUGA